AUGGCGUCCACGGGGGAACAGCAGCUCAGUAUACAUCAACUCCUGUGCAAGAAAGUGGCGCAACUAACUAAAGUGGUUUAUCAAUUGAACGUAAAGAGCGAGGAUAGGGACAUAGACCUCAACCUUAUUGCUAAGUCCUAUGAGGCACAGAUCGAUCAGAUGGCCACAGACAACGAGCAAAAGGUGCGCCAGGUACAGGAGCAAUUUAGGAAGCAUCAGCAGGACCUGGAGGCCGAGGUCACUAAGCUUUUAGGUGAUAUCAAGCGUUUAGAGAAGGAGAAAAUGCAGUUCCUCAGCAAGAUGAACGAAUACAAGAAGGAAAACGAGGAGAGAAUGACCCGCUUCAAGGAUGUCACGAAGCAGCGGAUCGAUCAGCUCAUUCUCGAGGUGGACGCUCUUCGCAGAGAUAACGUUGAUGAUGUGCGGAACAGCCGCAAAGCCGCAAAAGAUGAGCUUGCACGCGUAUCUGCUGAGCUGCGGGGCCAAAACGAAGCCCUUGCGGCCCAGUUAUCCCAAAUGACAGCGGCUCGCGAUAGAUUGCAGAAGGAGUUAGACGCCGUCCGUGCAGAUCUAGACAAAUCUACACGGGACGUAGAUGAUCUAAAGCAGCAACUGAAUGCGGCACUAAAAGACAAGCUCAGUUUAAGUGAUGUUACGCAAAAGAAGAUAGCAGCCCUAGAAAAACAGUUGGAAGAAGCACGUUCUCAGUCCCUCAAUAGCGGGGACCAAAUAAACAAGCUAGUAAAGCGAAUAGAUAGCCUGGAAGCAGAACUUAAGACAGCACAAGCAAACUAUAAACAGGAAGUCAGCACCUCUACAGAGUUGAAAAAGGAGAUAGCUCAGCUGAAAACUGAGAUUGCUAAUUGGAAGCAAGCAUCUGAUGAGCAUGCUGCAGGGUCUAGAGAGCUAGAAAAAAAGCUGAGAGAACUCGAGACCAGGUGUGCUGGGCUCGAUAAAGCUGUGGGGGAGAAGGACUUACUGUUAAAACAACUACAGCAAGAUAAGUCACAGCUUAAUACAGAAAUUGACGGACUCAGAAAACGUAUAGAGGACCUCCAGUCUAAGAGCACUGCCUCUUCGGAGUCUGAGCGGAAGCUCCAGCUAUCUCUUGAAAAUGCCACUAAGGAAGCAUCGUUCUUCCGGACACAGCUCUCUGAUGCUAACGCAAAGAUAGAUGAAUUAAAGAUGCAGCUGGCCGCCGAGCGCACUGCUAAAGAAAAGGCUCAAACAGAGCUUACUGCCGCAUCUGCACAGGUGGUCAAGUUAGAAACGGAAUUGCAGCGUCUUCGAGAUGAAUUUAUUACUGCCCAAUCCAGCGAGUCCAAUAAAUAUAACCAACUGGAAGCAAAGCUCAGGACACUAAUACAGGAGCUUGAGCAAUCAUUGGUAGAAGAAAAGAUAAAUCAUGAGAAGGCUCUACAAGCGCAGAGAGAUACUCAUGAAGCAGAAUCUGCAGCACUAAAAGCGCACAUUUCUGACCAGGAGAAGCUACAUCAGGAGAAGGUGGAACGAUUAGAACAGAAGAUUUCAGAACUGGAGACAGAAUUAUCAAAAAGUCUCAGUGGACUGAGUUCUGCACAAGAGCUGAACGCGUCUCUCAUGCAGAAGACACAGGAUGAAAUAGAAGCACUAAAGACUAAGGUUAUGAAGUACAAACUGUUAGUGGAUAGUAUCCAGGUGGAGAUAAAGCAGUUCUGCGGCUCAACGAAAGAGACAUGCAAGCUAUUGCUCGAUGCCCUGGAGUUAUCCCAGAGAGAUAUUUCAUCAUUACUAGAUUCACAAGCAGAAACAAUAUUAUUGCGCGUCUCACAGUAUAUUACCAGCAUGCGGAACGAGGCUGACUCCAGUAACACUAUGAAACGAGAGUACGAAGAAUUGGUAGGUGGCCUUCGGCGACAGAUUGAUGGCUUGAAUGCCGAGCUUGGGAAAAAGACAGAACAGACGGCUACACUAACAAGUGAGAUAGAAAAUCUCAAACAAUUACUGGAAAAUUAUCGUUUGGAGUUAGGUUCUGUAAGGUCAGAUUUAGAUUGUAAAGUGCGUGAACUGGCGGAGAUUACCCAAAGAUAUCAAGACGAGAUUAGAAAAGCUGAUUUGUCUUCCAAAGAAAUAAAAGAAUUGAGCAAGAAAAUCAAAUGCCUGGAGGAACAAAUAGCCGAGAUGGAGAACACUCUGGGCAGUACCCUCAAUACAACGUCAGCAGAGGCUAUUCAAUUGAAAAAACAAAUAACUGAAUUAGAGGCAAGACUUGCACGAGAGAUGGAAGCAGGUCACAAGCUGGCAGCAGAGAAAGAUCAGCAAAUAGAUACGAUGAAGAGUGAGCUCAAGUCUGCACAAGAGAAGUACCUUAGUCGUGACCGUGAAUAUAAGGAUCUAAUGGAAAAACUAAAUAUCACCAUAGCAGAUAACAACGCUCGAACAGCACUUCUACAGAAAGAGCACGACGAGCAACUGGCAAAAGAGCAGGAAAAGAUUAAAAAGCUUUCAGAUGAAAACUUAUUAUUAUCUGGUGAGCUAGAGCGUAGCAAACAAGCUCUAGCCUCGCUGACUGAUAUGCAUGAAAAGGAGAUUCGAGCGCUCCGAAAAGAACUUGCAAUUAACCAGGAGGCUCUUGAAAGCAUGCGCGAAAGCCAGCGGCUGUCCCAUGAGAAGAUACAAGGUCUCGAGGCACGCCUUCAACAUGUAACAGCUGACGCUGGACGCAAACUAGACGAAGAGUUUAGAAAGCACCAGGAAGCGUUGGCCGCCCUCAAAAAGGAACACCAGGAAAAGAUCAAUAGCCUGAUUAGCGAGUAUGAGGGCAGACUAACUUCUGCAAACGAGCAGUUGGCACAGGCCAUGGCAGAGGCUGAGAAGUCAAGAAAUGAGCUCUUGUUUGAGAUCGAAGGUUUAAAGGCAGAGUUCAAAAACAGGCCUAGUCGUCUAGAAGAUGUGGAGCUAAUUAAUCAGCUUCGGGCACUGUUAGAUAAGCGCGAACAAGAGCUGGAUGCAGCGGCCAAAGCAGUCGCUUAUUAUAAACGAGAGCUUCUAGCACGAGAAGAGUCCUACAACAAGCGAUUUCAUAAGGAGAACAGCCGAGUGGGAACUAUGCAGAUACCGGGCGUCCCUGCACACGCAAUGAACGCCCAGCAAAACUCUAUCGUAGGCAAUAUGAUUGGAGCGCCACUGGGAACCGCGGGCCUCAGUGCGGGGGGCGUACCCAUGGGAUCCUUCAGUCAGACUGGUCCGCUCACGGGCCGUGUGAGUAAGGGGUCUGCUAGUCCAAAGGCUAAGCGUCCACUAUCUAACAAUGGGCUGGGCCCAAAGGGAGCUAUAGGCCCCAUCAGUAUGCCAAAACACCUCCCAGCACCUCUUUAA